CGGAUGCUUCACACUUCCAUUUUCCCACCAAACUAUAUCAAAAAAACGUCUAAGAUUUUAAAUUCUAAAUUACGAACAUAUUAUUAUGAAUAAUUACAAUGAUUUCCAUCAAAUAUCAGAUAUUUCUAGUAUCUCAACAUGUUCUCAAUCUAGUAGAUUUAUUGGCAGAAUGGAAUCUACAGAGAGUUUGUUGUUUGACAAUUAUUCUAGUAUUGCAAAAAAUAGCAACAAGUUUGCUAUGAAUCAGAACAUAAAUUUGAAUGAAAAACUAAUAAACUCUUUAGUAUUAUGUGAGAAAAAUGUAAGUGAACACAUAAAAGUCAAUAUUGUUUAUCAAUGUAUAAAAGAGGCAUCUUUCAAUCCUAAAAAUAUCCUGUGCAAGAGCACAGCAGAUAAAUUGGCAAAUUUACUUUUACUUGAUAAACUUGACAAAUACAUGCAUCUUCCUUUAUUGACAAAACACACGCAAGAUGAGAUGAAACUUUUGGGAAUCAGUGACUUACCAUUGUCUGACUUGAGUUCUGAUGAGAAAUUAGAUAUAAAGUGUUGUGUUGAGACAUUACUUCGUGAAAGGAUACACAAUAUGAUAUUGAAAUAUGAAGCUUUAGAAAGAAAUACUCAAGAGAUAUCGAAGAAUAAUGAAUACAACAUAUGCAGCAAGUUUCUGGAAUAUUCUGACAUACCAUUGGCGCAAUGGAAGAAUAAAAUUGAAGAGUUGCUUCUGCAAUGCGAAAACGAUUUGUCGAAGUACGCAGACUUGAUCAAUCAAUGGACUAAAUUAAAAUACGAAGACAUGAGCCAGAUGCAAUUAGAAAAAACAGUAUAUCUGCAUCUGCAAGCAAAUGUUGCCGAGUUGCAAGCAAAGAUAACAAGGCUUACUUGCGCAGUUAGAAUGUUCCAGGAAACUCCGAUCACUCUUGAUGCUUUUAAAAGGCUGGAUCAAUUAGUCGAAAACAAAUUGAAAGCAGUUACGGAUGAACUUAAGCAAAAAGAAGAUUUAAAAAAGCUUUAUGAUCACUUAAAAAAUACAGAAUAUGAUCAGGUAUUGAAAGUCUACUUGCAACUCUGUAAUGCAAUAAGAAAAAAGAAACGUCUCCUUGAUAUGUUAAAAUAAAUUAAAGAAAAAAUUUUUUAUAAAGAAAAAUAUUUAAAAAUGUAAUUAUAGCUUAUACUUUUCUAUGUGUGUGUAUAUAUAUAUAUACAUCUUAAAAUCUAUUCAAUUUUCUUGUUCUGCUGAAAUGAUUAAAAGCAUGUCAAUAGAUCA